UUUUUCAAGUAGUGGCAAUCACAAAGGCUGCACCGGCCAACAGCACCUCAUCCCCGACCUUGCUUGAAUUACCACAAAGCCGCAUUUAUGGAGGCCAGAAUGCUGCCGUAGGACAAUUUCCUUAUCAUGUGUUGGUGACACGUCAUGGCGACGGGUACAUUGUCGUUUGUGGUGGCGCGAUCAUCUCACAAAAUUAUGUAGUGACAGCGGCUCAUUGUGUGGAUGGUUAUUCCCCUUCAGACUACUGGAUUCGUGCUGGCACUGUAAAUUUUAACUCCGGUGGCGUGGAAAUACAAGUGGCUGAGGUGAAGAUCCAUCCCGAUUAUAGCUCAUUUAAUUACGACAUCGCUGUGCUGAGGCUCAGCCAUUCACUGGAUUUUAAUAACAAUAUAAAACCGAUACCACUUGCUAGCAUGGAAGUGCCCGAGGGUUCAACAGUGACAGUAACCGGCUGGGGUGGAGUGUCGAGUGGCGGCCUGGCCGAUAUAUUGCAGUAUAAUACAGAGGAGGCACUAAAUCAUGACACUUGCGUUAAACGUAUGAAUGUAUUGGCUGAGUCGAUGAGAUGCCUUGCCAAAAGUGCCGGCAAUGGUAUUUGUGGUGGUGAUUCUGGCGGUCCGGCAGUUCACCGCGGAGUGCUAAUUGGUGUAUCAUCUUUCGGACUUAACGGUUGUGGAAGCGAUCUGCCAGAUGGUUUUACUAAUAUUGUGGUAACCAGAGACUGGAUACGGGGAAAUUCUGAUGUUGAUUUUUGCUGUGGUGCUUAAAACAAAUGCUAGCCCCUUUAGACCAAAAAACAGCGAAAUAACUUCACAGAUUUUGUGUAAGUCAGUUAGGGUAUGUACUUAAUCAUUUACUGAUUUUAAGCUAAAUUUAGUUGUGUUUAAAACCAUUGUAAAUAAAUUUAGAAGACACUAAUUG